AGUAUUUUGAAUAGUUAGUGGUAGAAUUUUCUGCAUAAAGAUAGUCCUAACACUAUAUACAGUCAUUUCCUAACAGUAUAUUUAGGCUAGUUAGUAAAAUCCACAUGAACUGUAACAUCCUUACAUUAGAACUAGUCGAGAGGGCUUUAACAGUAUCAUACUCUAUUAAAAAGCAGCACAGUAGAGAGAGGAUUUGGAAAAUAACAAGUUGGUUUAAAUUGCAAUCAACUAAUAAUAAUAAAUAUAUUAAUUUAUUGUUAAUUAGAACAAGCUGGAUAGCAAAGAGCUAGAAAUACUCAAGUAGGUGUCAGCUUUUAACAUAAGCCUCUUCUACAAGACUUGAUGUUAUAGACCCAACAAAAAUCUGUUCUUUCUUCUUGUGCCAAACAGGUAAACAGGCAAAAAUAUCAAUGGGAGAAGAAAACCAAACCUUUGUGUACAAGUUUAUCUUCCUGGGCCUUUCACAGGACUUGCAGACCCAGAUCCUCCUAUUUAUCCUUUUCCUCAUCAUUUAUCUGCUGACUCUGCUUGGAAAUCUGCUCAUCAUCAUUCUCGUCUUCAUGGAUUCUCACCUUCACACACCUAUGUAUUUUUUUCUUAGAAAUCUUUCCUUUGCAGAUCUCUGUUUCUCUACUAGCAUUGUCCCUCAGGUGUUGGUUCACUUCCUGGUAAAGAGGAAAACCAUUUCUUUUUAUGGGUGUAUGACACAGAUAAUUGUCUUUCUUCUGGUUGGGUGUACAGAGUGUGCGCUGCUGGCUGUGAUGUCCUAUGACCGGUAUGUGGCUGUCUGCAAGCCCUUGCACUACUCCACCAUCAUGACCCAACGGGUGUGUCUCUGGUUGUCCCUUGGGUCCUGGGCCAGUGGGGCACUAGUGUCUUUAGUAGAUACCAGCUUUACUUUCCAUCUUCCCUACUGGGGAGGCAAUAUUAUCAAUCACUACUUUUGUGAACCUCCUGCUCUCUUGAAGCUGGCUUCUGCAGACACUUACAGCACAGAAAUGGCUAUUUUUUCAAUGGGCGUGGGAAUCCUCCUGGCCCCUGUCUCCAUGAUUCUUGUUUCUUAUUGGAAUAUUAUCUCCACUGUUAUCCAAAUGCGGUCUGGGGAAGCAAGGCUCAAGGCUUUUUCCACCUGUGGCUCCCAUCUUAUUGUUGUUGUCCUCUUUUAUGGGUCAGGAAUUUUCACCUACAUGCGGCCAAACUCCAAGACUACAAAAGAAAGGGAUAAAAUGAUAUCUGUGUUCUAUACAGUGGUGAGUCCAAUGCUGAACCCCAUAAUUUAUAGUCUGAGAAACAAAGAUGUCAAAGGGGCUCUCAGGAAACUGGCUGGGAGAAAGUCCUUCUCUCAUAGGCAGUGACCUCUGAGUCCAACUUUUAGAGCUAUGGUAACAUCCUUUAAAA